GCCCUGGCUUUAGAAAAAAAAAAAAAAACAGUCUUCUGCUGUAGGUCUUGCAGUUGUUCUCAUAUAAUCCUUCUGGAAUCAUGGACAACACUGUGCUCCUGCUGUCCCUCAUCCUGUCCAGCCUGGUAGCUACAAGCUCUUCUCUAACGUGUGUGGAAUGUAAUGUGGAAGGUGAGAAAUCUUGCCAAGGAAACAAAGUCACUUGUCCUCCUGAAGACGAUGUUUGUGUUACAACCUUAGAAAGUGACACCAAAGAUGGAAAAGAAAUGGUGACGUUCAGACGGCAUUGUGGGCAAAGGAGAAUGUGUGGUUACUCUGACAGCCUGACCACAGCCUUCAGUAAAAAGAAGCUCAGUAGUACUUGCUGCUUCACCAGUGACUGUUCUCCUCCAUCGCCAACAUUCCCAGCAGGAAAAACGGACAAAAAUGGAGUUUUCUGUAAAUCCUGUGACACUGAGAGGAGAUUGUCUUGUGAAUUAAGCUCCACCAUGGAAUGCACCGGGAACGAGAACAAGUGUAUCCUAAUGACCAACGUGAUGACAGAAGGAGGAAAAUCAUUAACUUACUAUGUAGGCGGCUGCGGUACGCCAGGAUGGUGCAAACUUGAGGAACCAUUCUUUUCAUAUCCAGGAAAGUCUUAUACCUGCUCCACGGGGAAUGUCGUCAAACCUACAGUGGGGGGGAAUGACGUCGACCCUGCAGCCGGGGGGAGUGAUGCCCGACUUCCAGGCCUGCUCCUCAUGCUGCUAGCUGCUCUCUUUAUCAUGAAAAUAAUUUCUUAGAGCUGCAGAUGUGUCGCUGUUGCAGCAAGUACCAAAACUCCUGUUUCAUUUAUAAUUGUUGUCUUCUACAAUUCUACAAUUUUUUGUGAUAGUUUUUGGCAAAGGAUUCAGGAGUCAUUUAAAAAAAAUUUUUUUUUUACAGUUUGAGCAUUACUCACCUUGCUGAUCCCCACUAGUCUCUACUUCCUGAUCCCGGCACAACACACAAAGGAAAUGCCAGGAGAUACUCCCUGAGCUGAUCCCUGAGCUCAGCAGCGACCCCCUUCAGCCACUGAUUGGCUAUGCGGGCACUUCCUACGUGUUGUGCUGGGAACAGGAAGGAAAGACCAGCAUGGACUGGGCAAGUGUAGUACUGUGGGAUCAGUGAGGUGAGUAUUU